AAUAACGACGGGCAGCGCCCCAUCCAUCACUCAGAAGCAUCCACUAUUCCAGAUAGCCCUCCCAAUGAUGCAGAAACCCAAACUCAAGAAUCUAAAGAUGACCACAACAUUGGAGACGACAAGUCUAAAAGCAGCCCAUUAUUAGUAGCUACUGAAAUGGGAAUCCCAAAAAUAGUGAAGAAAUUACUUGAUGCAGUCCCCACAGCCAUUAAAGAUCAAAACUCGGAAAUAGUGAAGAAAAUACUUGACGUAGUCAAGGACAAGUACUCUAAAAGCCUAGUAAAGGACACUCCAUUAUUAGUAGCAGCUAAAAUGGGAAUCCCAGAAAUCGUGAAGAAAAUACUUGAGGUAGUCCCCAUAGCCAUUCAAGAUCAAGACUCGGAAGGGAAGAACGUGUUGAUGGUGGCAGCCGAAAACCGGCAAACCAGCGUCUUUAAUUUUCUCAUUGAUGAAGCAAAACUCCCCGAAUAUGUGUUUCAUCAUUUUGAUAAUCAAGGGAAUGGCAUCCUUCACCUGGCCGCAAAGCUCGGGGAGAAGCAGCCAUGGCGCAUUCCUGGUGCUGCUCUGCAGAUGCAAUGGGAGAUCAAAUGGUACAAGCAUGUGAAGAGGUCAGUUCCAGCACUGUGUUACAGUCAGCACAACGCAAAGGGUGAGACUCCAAGGAGAAUCUUCACACAAACACAUGAAAAUCUAGUCAAGUCAGGAAACGAAUGGCUCGUGAAAACCGCGGAAUCCUGCUCCGUGGUGGCGGCCCUCAUCGCCACCGUCGCAUUCGCCACCUCCGCCACGGUCCCCGGCGGGCUAGACCAAGUGAAAGGGUACCCUAUUCUGAUAGAUCGCAAUGCAUUCGACAUAUUCUCGAUCGCGUCGCUGAUAGCGCUCUGCCUAUCCAUCACGGCACUGGUUUUCCUGCUUGCAAUCAUCACUUCGCGAUUCGAAGAGCGGGAUUUCAAGCGAGACCUGCCGAGGAAGCUGCUGAUGGGGAUGAGCUGUCUGUUUUCGGGCAUAGCGGCGAUGCUGCUGUCGUUCUGCGCGGGGCAUACUUUUAUACUGAGGGAGAAGCUGAGGAUUGUUGCAGUGCCGAUAUACACAGCUGCGAUGAUACCAGUCUUGCUUUUUGCAAUGGGGCAGCUGCCCUUGUACUUUGAUCUUGUUUGGGCUGCCUAUGUCAAAGUGCCGCUACGCAGCUACAAGCUCUACCAUCAGUAGAUCAUAUAUUCUUUAUCUGCAAUUUCAAUAACGCUUUUGUAUUGAUUUCUAAUGAAUCCAUAAAUUAUAGCUAGGGUUUCUAUGCGUUUGAGUAAUUGAGUUUACUAGCAGAAAUUGUUAAAACAUGGUAUCAAUGAAUUUGUUGUAAGAGAGAAUGAUAGAUUGAAGAUUGUUUCUUGUAUUGCUUAUUUUUUCUGAAGAAUACAAUCACCCUUUAUAAUGUA